AUGAGCAGCCCAUUUGGACUUCGUCUUCCCACUAGCAAAGUAGCCUUUGUUACUGGCGCCAAUGGCAUUACCGGGGGUGCCAUCGUUGACCACUUGAUUAAACAGCCCCACAGUGAAUGGUCGGAUAUCAUCAUUACUUCGAGAAGUCCCAUCAAGUCAGUCUACACCGACUCGAGGAUUCGGUUCGUUGCCCUCGACUUCCUACGACCAGCCGAGGAAAUUGUCGAGAAGAUCAAGGAUCUGUGUAAAGACGUUACCCACACGUUUUUCACUUCUUACAUCCAUGACAAUGACUUUUCGAAGCUUCACGUACAGAAUGGCCCUCUUUUUCGCUGCUUCCUGGAAGCAGUAGAUCUAGCCUGCCCUGGGUUGGAACGCGUCGUUCUACAGACUGGCGGAAAGCAUUACGGAUUCCAAUACAGGGAUCUCAAAACUCCCUUUCUGGAAGACAUUCCUCGCUACACGGGCCCCGAGAACAUUUUCUACUACGAGCAGGAAGACGAUUUGUUCGCCAUCCAGAAGCGCCGUAGCACUUGGGCAUACAAUAUCAUCCGUCCCAUGGGCAUCAUUGGCUUCAGCUGGCAAUAUCUCGGCAUCAACGAAACACUCCCGAUAGCCCAGUAUUUCCUCAUCUGUCGUGAGCUUGGAGAGGUUCCCAGAUGGCCAGGGAACCUGCACAGCUGGUAUAGAGUCGAGAACCAGUCUUUCGCCCCUGGGAUUGCCGACCUUACCAUCUGGGCAGCGACCCAGGACAAGUGUAAGGACGAGGCUUUCAACCACGUUAAUGAUGACGUGAUUGUCUGGAAGUUCCUGUGGUACUUGUUGGCCGAUUACUUCAAGGUCCCGAUGGACAAGUUUGAACCUCCCACAGAGGAGACCAAGCCCAUGGAUAUGGAGGAGUGGGCCAAGGAUAAGAAGUCGACAUGGGAGAAAAUUGUGUCGAAGGAUGGUGGCGAUGUCAACGCAUUUCAGCUGGACGCUUUUGCCUUGAUGAAUUGGUACAUCACACCGUCGCUGCAAAAGGGGCCAGUCAUUAGCAGUAGCAGCAAGGCUCGCGAGCUUGGCUGGUGCCACAAGGAUGACACAUACCGAGCGUGGUUGAGCACCAUGCGCUCUUACGAAAAUGCCGGUGUGCUUCCUAUUUCCUGA